AUGGCGUCCGGAGCUGGCACUCCGCCGUCCGCGGCGGCAUACAGUCCGACUAUGAUGGGAAACGGCAACGGAAAUGGCAAUUCGAAUGCAGCAUCCAACAAGAGGAUCAAGACAGAGUCUGGCUUCGUCCCCUCUCACAUGGGUGGACUUCCACAGCAGCACUUCGGCCCCCAACCUGGUCACUUCGGUUAUCAUCACUCUGAUCACUCCCGUCCUCUUCACACCAGCCUGCCAGGAUCAUCCAUGGGCUUCCAGCCGCAACCCGACUAUCACGCCUCUCUACCGAAUGGGAGUGGUCACAACGCAAAUGGCGGCUUCAAUCACAUUGGCGGUGUAGACGCCAACUUUUACGGUGGAUCCAGCAUGUCGAGCGGCAGCAUGGCAGCAAGCAGCAUGGACGCGAGUGCCUUUCUCUCUCAACCAGUCUCAUUCGGCGCUUUCACAGGCGGAAGUAACAGCAAUACCGGCAGCACCUCUAGCGGAGGCGACUGGGCUGACUUGGGCUUCAUUCCUGGACUGAAUGACCCCUCUUCGCAGGAAGCAAAUGCCGGACAAAGUGCAGUGGGCGGAGCUCCCUUAUCCUCAAACUGGCCCGAAGCCGCCUCUUCACCAUCCAAUCUUGGCAGCGCUCCCAACGAGAUAUGGGGAGGCCCGAGUCCCUCGCCGGGUCCCUCAGCUCCUACGCCUUCGGGCUCAUCUUUGCAACCUCACGUGCCGAUGGGUCCACCACUCGCACCAUCUCAACAGCAGCAAGUCCAACUCCAACAGCAUCAGCAGCAUCAACACCCGUACCUGCAGCAGCAACAGCAGCAGUCGCAAGGGUCCCAACCCGAAAGUCAAGCUGACAACAGCAUCAUGCCUCCGCAUGGGCCUCCUCGUGAUCUGCACGUCGAACCCAUCCCAGGUGCGCCCCCGGGCAAGCAACGAAAGAAAGCCCAACCAAAGCCCCGAAAGAAGAAAAACAAGGCGGAAAAUGCUGCGUCUGGUGAGGCAGGCACUAAUAACGGGGAGGCUGCUGAUACGUCUCUGAAUUCUCAAGGUGAGCUCUUUCGAACGGCAUCUUUGAAAAUACUUCCGGUUCAGCACUCCUUGGCGCCGACCGAGCGACUUGAUCACACUCGUGAUGCAUCUGCGUUGGGCUGACCACGCAACGCUGUCUACCCUGUGCUUGCUGCAAACAGCCGCGCCCCAGGGUCCAAAAGCUCCGAAAAAGAAGCGAAAAUCUAAACAACAGCAGCAACAGGAACAGGAACAACAACAACAGCAGCAGCAGCAGCAGCAGCAGCAGCAAGGAAGAGGAGACGCAAUGUGCGUAGGUGUUGCUGCUCUCCGUACAAGUCCAUCUCUUACUCUGCGCUCCUCUCCUUGCCGUCCAAUGUAGUGUCCCUACUCCAGCUGAAAGCACUGCAACGGAGGCGAUUGAAGCGCCUUUGUCAUCUGAGGUGCUGCCCAAAACGCCUUUGGAGGGGCAAAACCCGCAGCUUCCAGAUGCACAGCCUGGUCGGGUCACUGCUACAACUCCGCCAGCACCAUCACACAGACUGCCACUCAGCCGUGGUCAGGCAGUCACCUCAGCACCCACGCAAACUCAGACAGCUCAAGGCGUUGAUGCGCUACAAGAUGUCAUUGGCUCCUCGGGCGUGGAUCUUGGGGUGCGUAAUGGUCAUGCUGUCGCCUCUUUCUAUUUGCUGUACUCAUAUGCUUCAAAACAUCCACUCCCCUUCUUAGGCCGAAGAGCACGCGAUGGGAUUGCAAGGCGCUCAGGCUUCCGGAGAGGUCCGAGCAGCGGUGUAUGCCAAUUCGAGUAGUUUCUUAGACCCAUUCACUUUAUCUGCUCGCGUCUUGCAGAUUGGUGAGCAGACUUCUCGGAUCGUUCGGGCUCCUUCCUCCAGACAGCUAACCCUUACGCCUGGCAAAAUUUUGCGCAGCUAAAAAGAACGAGCUGCAAGUUGAGGGCGCUGUGCUACAGUACCUCUCGCUCGCCACGAAAUCUAGAGUCCGAAGUCUUGUCGAGUCCAUGAUCACCGCUUCUCGUCACCGCACAUGGUCCUCGCAUGAGCGAGAGCCACCUUUCUGGGAACGCAAGAAGUCCCUGGAAGAUGGAGCGACGCCGAUGUAUCAUCAGCGUAUCCGCACCGAUCCUCAAAAACAACUGCGAGCUCUGGAAAGGGUCGAGCGCACCAACGAGCAAGCCGCGAGGAGAAUCAGAUUUGAACGUGAUGAGAAGGAAGCUGCUGGGACUUUGGAUGACGACGUUGAGAUGGCGGAUGGCGGAAGCUCACGAGAGGCAACCAGGAAGCGUCCUCUCGGAGCUGCCGCUCAAGCGAAGAACAUGUCUGAAGAUGUCAGGCGUCGGCUAGCCAACAAUACUGCCGCAAGGGCUUUGGGAACGGCUGCCAACACGCCCAAGUGGAUGCAAAUGUCUGCUGCAGUCAACGCGUCGGCCGCGGCCAGUCCGCUUGCGAACCGGACCGGAAAUGUCAGCGCGGAAGACAAAGGUUCCAGCGCAGAUGUCUCUGGCACGUCGACGCCGGGAGGAUUGGGGGCGCUGCCGCGUCCACGCUUCGCUCCGCAACCCAGUGGUAUACUCAGUCAAGGCUCUGCCAAGGGCUCUGGACUGAGUGGAGGGCUCAAGAAAGAGUGGAGCGGUCUUGCGCCCCAUGCGCACACGGGCCGCGUCAGUGUGGCGGGCGCUUUAGACGGAAACAUCAACUCCUCAGGCUGGGCUGAUCUAGCGGAGCGUCAGAGAGCCAAGGAGGCGGAAGAGAAGGCUAGGGCUCGGCAAGUCACUAUGCAGGAUGCUCUGCACGCCCUAGAGAUGGAAGCGCCUGCUUCGUUGGGAAGAGGAAGCGGCAGGCGAGCAUUGUAUAGAGCGAGAGCUGUUGGUUAUGCAACAGAACACUCAAGAACCGACACUUGA